AUGCCCACUGUGUGCAACGUGGGGGGCCCCGACCACACGGCAACGAAAAAGCGCGUUGCCAGGCUGGAGGCCAAGGUGUGCGCCAGCCUCAAUUGGGCGAUCUACGCUGUGACUCCCACGACGUUCGGUCACCUGUUCCUCGCCCGCGCGCUGUCCGAGGGCGCUCUCGCCGGAGGGCAGUCUCAAGUCACGGAGCUCACGGUAACGUCGCUGAGAUGGGUGCAGCUUGGCUACCUGUCGGAGUUCAAGCCGUCGGAGUUGGCUGCCGCCGCCAUGUUCUGCGCCGUGCUCCGUGAAUGUGAUUUUCAAGCAGCUCGACAGGUCACCGAAGUUGCAAGGAGUGGUGUUGUCGACUUGGAAAGCUCCAGAUUCUGGGGGUUGUAUCGCGAGGAAGACAGCCACAACGCUGUUCCGACGAUAAUGGAUGCAAUCACCGCUGCUGUUGUUGGCAUGGGUGCCGACGAUAGAGGGACUGACGCAGGGCAGCGGUACAUCGAUGGAGCCGCCGAUAAGGCUGAGGGAGGCGGAGCGGCAUACGGUUGCAACGACUCUGACACCGAGGGCCCCACGCCGCCACCUACAAGAGAACCGGGAGAGGCUCAUGAGUCGUUCUUUGCAGAUGACCAGCAGGUCAGCCGGGCCGUCUCCAGGAGCGGUAACACCCGUCGUCCGACCGGCAAGAUAUGGAUGAGCCAGAGAACGGUUCCGGGAAAAUCACAACGUCCUCGGUCCGCAGAAUCAUCGGGGAACGGACUCCGUGUACGACUGGUGGGAUGA